CGCGGGGUCCGCGCCAGUGAGCGCAGCUGCUGCCGGCGAGCGGCGGGCGGCGGGCGGCGGGCACGGCAGGCCGGGCGACCCCGGGGGCGGCGGCGGCGGCGGCGACGAUGCGGCCCGCAAGGCUGGGCUGGUGGCCGUUCCUGCUGGCGCUGGGCGUGGGGAGCAGCAUCGGCGGCGGCGGCGGGGACAGCCGGCGGCACCGCCUUCUCGCGGCGAAAGUCAACAAGCACAAGCCCUGGAUCGAGACUUCCUAUCACGGAGUCAUUACGGAAAACAAUGACACCGUCAUCCUGGACCCACCUCUGGUAGCCCUGGAUAAAGAUGCGCCUGUUCCCUUUGCAGGGGAAAUCUGUGCCUUCAAGAUCCACGGCCAGGAGCUGCCCUUUGAGGCCGUGGUGCUCAAUAAGACCUCGGGCGAGGGCCGGCUGCGCGCCCGGAGCCCCAUCGACUGCGAGCUGCAGAAGGAGUACACGUUCAUCAUCCAGGCCUACGACUGCGGCGCCGGGCCCCGCGAGACCGCCUGGAAGAAGUCGCACAAAGCUGUGGUCCACAUCCAGGUGAAGGACGUCAAUGAGUUCGCCCCCACCUUCAAGGAGCCGGCCUACAAGGCGGUGGUGACCGAGGGCAAGAUCUACGACAGCAUCCUGCAGGUGGAGGCCGUGGACGAGGACUGCUCCCCGCAGUACAGCCAGAUCUGCAACUAUGAAAUCGUCACCACUGACGUGCCAUUUGCCAUCGACAGAAAUGGCAACAUCAGGAACACGGAGAAGCUGAGCUAUGACAAGCAGCGGCAGUACGAGAUCCUGGUGACAGCCUACGACUGUGGGCAGAAGCCAGCGGCACAGGACACCCUGGUGCAGGUGGACGUGAAGCCGGUGUGCAAGCCGGGCUGGCAAGACUGGACCAAGAGGAUCGAGUAUCAGCCCGGCUCGGGGAGUGUGCCCCUGUUUCCCAGCAUCCACCUGGAGACGUGUGACGGGGCCGUGUCCUCCAUCCAGAUCACCACCGAGCUGCAGACCAACUACAUCGGCAAGGGCUGCGACCGCGAGACCUAUUCAGAGAAGUCCCUACAGAAGUUAUGCGGUGCCUCCUCCGGCAUCAUCGACCUCUUGCCGUCCCCCAGCGCCGCCACCAACUGGACAGCAGGGCUGCUGGUGGACAGCAGCGAGAUGAUCUUCCGGUUCGACGGCCGCCAGGGGGCCAAGAUCCCGGAUGGGAUCGUGCCCAAGAACCUGACGGACCAGUUCACCAUCACCAUGUGGAUGAAGCACGGCCCCAGCCCGGGCGUGAGGGCCGAGAAGGAGACCAUCCUCUGCAACUCGGAUAAGACGGAAAUGAACCGGCAUCACUACGCCCUGUACGUGCACAACUGCCGCCUGGUCUUCUUGCUGCGCAAGGACUUCGACCAGGCCGACACCUUCCGCCCUGCAGAGUUCCACUGGAAGCUGGACCAGAUUUGUGACAAAGAGUGGCAUUACUAUGUCAUCAACGUGGAGUUUCCUGUAGUUACCUUAUACAUGGAUGGAGCAACAUACGAGCCAUACCUGGUGACCAACGAUUGGCCCAUUCAUCCAUCACACAUCGCCAUGCAGCUUACGGUUGGAGCUUGUUGGCAAGGGGGGGAAGUGACCAAGCCGAGGUUUGCUCAGUUCUUCCACGGCAGCCUGGCCAGCCUCACCAUCCGCCCAGGGAAGAUGGACAGCCAGAAGGUCAUCUCCUGCCUGCAGGCCUGCAAGGAAGGGCUGGACAUUAACUCCCUGGAGAGCCUGGGCCAGGGAAUCAAGUACCACUUCAACCCCUCGCAGUCUGUGCUGGUGAUGGAGGGGGACGACAUAGGGAACAUCAACCGCGCCCUGCAGAAGGUCUCCUACAUCAACUCCAGGCAGUUCCCCACGGCGGGGGUGCGGCGCCUCAGAGUCUCUUCCAAAGUGCAGUGCUUCGGGGAGGACGUGUGCAUCAGCAUCCCUGACGUGGACGCCUUCGUGAUGGUGCUGCAGGCCAUGGAACCCCAGAUCACCCUCCAUGGCACCGAGCACCUCUGGAGACCCGCCGCCCAGUUUGAAAGCCCCAGAGGGGUGGUCCUCUUCCCCGACCUCAAGAUCCUCAGCACCUUGGCCAGAGCCGAGGCCCCGGGAGACUCGCAGCAAACCACAGCCCCCAAAUCACCCUUCUUAGAAGAAAUGCUCCACAACUUAGACUUCUGUGACAUUCUGGUGCUGGGAGGAGACUUGGACCCAAGACAGGAGUGCUUGGAGCUCAACCACAGCGAACUCCACCAACGCCACCUGGACGCCACCAACUCCAGCGCGGGCUACUCCAUCUAUGGUGUGGGCUCCAUGAGCCGCUAUGAGCAGGUCCUGCACCAUAUCCGAUAUCGUCACUGGCGUCCGGCAUCCCUAGAGGCCCGGAGGUUCCGGGUCAAGUGCUCGGAACUCAACGGACGCUACACCAGCAAUGAGUUCAAUCUGGAGGUCAGCGUUCUGCAUGAGGCCCGCGUGGCCGAUGAGGAGCAUGUCAACCACCUGAUCGUGCAGCCGCCCUUCCUGCAAUCUGUCCACCACCCUGAGACCCAGAUCAGCAUCCGGCGUGGGUCAGUGGUCCCCAGCAUCGCCACGGUGGUCAUCAUCAUCUCCGUCUGCAUGCUCGUCUUCGUCGUGGCCAUGGGCGUCUACCGGGUCCGCAUCGCACACCAGCACUUCACCCAGGAGAGCGAGGCGGCCAAGGAGGCCGAGAUGGACUGGGAUGACUCGGCGCUCACCAUCACCGUCAACCCCAUGGAGAAGCACCAGGAGCCCGCGCGAGGGGAAGAGGAGACGGAGGACGAGGAGGAGGAGGAAGCCGAGGAAGGCGUGAGCUCCAGCAGCAGCAGCGACUCCUACGACAGCGAGGAGGAGGUGGAGGAGGCCGGGCUGGGCAGGGGCAGGGGCGGGCAGGGUGCCGCCAGGCAAGCCCAGCUGGAGUGGGACGACUCCACCCUCCCCUACUAGCGCGGCCCCGCCCCUUUUGUAAGCCCGCCCCCUUGUCUGCCUGAGCCUAUCACAUGUCGCCUCUAAUUUCCCAGCGGGGGUGGGGCAAGCCUCCCUGGACCGCCCGCGUCAACCUUGGCCUCGUCCUGUGUCCCAGUCCUGGGGCCCGUCCAGGAAGCCAGCAUCCUGCUCCUGGGCAGCCCUGGGAGGACUUUGUCUCCUGCCCUGGGCUCACUCCACGUCCAGGAUCUGCAGAGCUCGGCCUUGGCUCUCCCCCGGGCGGGGGAUGGACAAGCUCAGUCUCUGCGGCUCACCUAGCCUCGCGCCCCACCCCAGCCCACUUCCACUCCUAGUUCUGUGUUCCUAGGGCCCUUGGGUUCCAACUCACUGUGCAUCCCCCUCCCCUCAACCCCUCCUAAUUCCCUGAGCAGACCAACAGGUUCCCUUCCCUGCCCCCUUCCCACGGCAGAGUGGUGGGACUUACAACCCCGAGAUCUCAGUCUUUAGGACCGGAAAGGCAAGUUUGGCGGGAGGCAGAAUGAAGUUCCAGGGAAAAGUCCCCAGGAACGGCCAGACCCGCACGGGCCGGUGCCAGGAGGCGUAGACAGGCUGCUAAACCCGCACAUGCGCGUCACACACAGCCACACACACUCCGGAGGGCAGAAUCGCUUCCUUUGCCCUUUCUGAGGUCACAUCAGGCCAGACAAAAAUCGGAAAGUGAAGAUAAGCCAGAACAGGGUCUCUAGGACGUGCCCACAGACCCCUACCGCCUGACACACCUCGGGCCUGGCAGCAUCUCACGUACUGAGCCCCAGGAAAUGCCCAGGACUCAGCUGGAGAUGACGGGGAAAGGGGGGGGCAUUUCCUAGCCUGGGGGACAGCCCAGAGAUUGACAAGUCGCUCCCCACUUAGUCGAUGGCUCUUCGGCCCUAUUUCAUGCGUCUUUGAGGAAAUGUCUUCCUCCUGGAGGUGUGGGGGCAAGUGGGAACUGCACCAAGUCUGAAACGAGAGUUGGAGGGAGAUUUUGCCGCUGGGAAUUAGAAGCACAUUUGGAUAAUAGUCUCCUUUCUUCUUCUCCUCAUAAAAGGCGCCACACUUCGGGUAGAGGGCAGAUACAUCUAAAAACCUCAUUUCUUUCCUCCUUCUUGUUUUAAUAAGGAAAUCUUUCCCAUCUCCAUCCAACAGUGGACAGCUCCUGAGGACUGCUGUUGCUAUGGUGACCGGUGUGUGAUCUUUGUGGACAAGAGAAUAGCGGGCGGAAUUAGGGCCGGCACAGGACACCCCUCCCCCCCAGUCUCGGGGCCGGCUUUGUCCUUGGUGUGUACAGCCUGUCCCUUGCACAUUGGCGUGCCUGGGCACAGAGCUGGUCCCUAGACACCAUGGCAUUUGGGGUCCCCAAAAACCGUUAAGCCUCUGCUCAUUCUAUUUCCUGUAUCAGCUAAACGCAGUGGGUGAAUAAGGGGACCCUCCUUGCUCCUAGGCUGACAUCAACCUAGGGAGUCUCCAUCACCCACCUUUGCACCUCUGGAUUCUAGAAAACAACUGGGCAGUUUUCCUGGUUGCUUGAGUGUCUCUUGCAUCUGGUCCCUCCUAUGGUCUCACUGAACUCCUGGGAGGCAGUUGUUAGAUGCAUCACGAUGGGUAAACUGAGGUUCAGAGAUGCAGAGUGGCUCAGAGGGACAGACCAGACUGGAGUCCCUGUUUUCCUCUCAUGUCAUGCCCUCUACCCUGCUCUUCCUGUCCUCAUCUGGGCACUCACCAGGCCAUGCUGAGCACUUGCUCUGUGCUAAGCCUCAUCUAAAGCUAUGGAGAUGGCUAGAUAUGGGGACGGUUAGGCUAAGAGUAGGUCUGCAGGGGUGGGGCAGGAGGGCUACACGGCCUGAGGCUUCUUACGGAGUCCAUCUCGGAGAGUAAGAAGGGUGAGGAGAUGAAAGCCAGGAGGAAGGGGGCGUUGUCUCAGCAGAACCAGCCAGGGCCCUAGUCCCCCUUCUGAGAGGAAGAACCCCACCUGCUCUGGGCUCUGUCAUUGAAUGAAACAGACACAUCAGGGACCUCAGCCCUUCCUCUCGGGCAGCGGCUGCACGUCUGCAGGAGAAGCCCCUUAGUCCUCCCGGUGCCCGGAGUGGACUACAAAGAGACUCUCCGGGCAGGUGCGGGCAGAAGUUGCCCACACUCAGAGCCGUGAAAUGGAUGCUGUGUGUGUUUCGACUGAUCCUUCCUGAAUUGGAUUUGGUGGGAAAUAAUCAAGUCUGGGCUUCCAUGCGAGCACUUGGCUCAGCCUUUAGGUUUGAUGGGGGUGUCUAGCCCCCUCCUGCUGCCUGUUUCCCUGGGGUGGAGAAGUGUGGGCCAAGAGAAACCUAGGGGUGUGUUGGGAGGAGCAGGGAGGGGUGCAGGGGGUAGGGACAUUAACUGGGCAGCAGAGUUAGGUCUUUUGUGACUAAAGGCCAAUGCAGAGGAACAGUGGGGCCCAGCAGCGGUGGAGGUAGCUGUGAUUGGAAGGAACAGCUGAGCCAGAGCUCACCUUGCCAGGUGGUACCCAGAUGUGCUCUCUGGAGCUUGGAACCCCAAGUGAGCCAGAGAGGAGGAGGAGAAGGAAGUGGAGGGGGAGAAAGUGGAGGAAGAGGAAGAGGAAGUGGGAAAGGCCAGGGCAGAAUAGGGUGCCCAGUAGAGUGAAACCAUCCGUUGGUUGGUCGCCUGUCAUGGAUAAAGCUAAGGAGGGCUCUAGAUGGUCUCCUUCAGGGUUGUAACUCUGAUCCCAGUUCAUCUUGAGAGCAAAACUGUGACUGCGGUGGGAGACUCUCACGCCACUCUGAGACCACCCACAUCUGCAGCUGACAGGGCUGCACCACGCCGCUGGCAUGCUGCAGGGAGGGGGUCGCCGGUGGGGUCCCUGUUUCCUACUCCGCUACAGACCACAGGGGCAGCCAGCUGGAUCAGACCGGAGCCUCAGAGUGGGAGUUGGAGGCUCUGCAGACCCUGGGGUCGCAUCUCUGUCCCGGAAGCCCCCGUGCAACCCAGACACUGCAGGAACAGACGGCUCAGUGGCUGCACUCCCAGGAAGAGACUUGAGUUCCACGCCUUGAAAAAGUCGGCGAUUGGCAUUCAUGUGCUUUCUGUGUGUCUCGAAAUGUUACUGCCAUUUUGGUUUUUCAAUUUAAGCAUCCCACAGUAUAAAAGAGUUCUGGCGCCCUGCACUAAAGAGGAAAAAAAUAAAAAUAAAAGAAACGGCUGGUAGAUUUGGCCUGGGGGCUGCGGUUUACCCCCAUCACCUCAGCAAGCAAAGCAGCCACCCCCACCCCACCCUACCCCCAUUUGCCAAGGGGAAGCAAAUGAACUCAGCCGCCCCGUCCACCGACAGCUGUUCUGGACUUCUUGCCCCUAAAGAGCACCCCCAUCCUCCACCUCAGCUCUGAAUGCAGCACUUUUAGAAGUCGCCUUCUGGAAGAAUCCAAGCCCCUCACAGACACCCCUUCCUCCAGAUCAGAGCAUCCAGGGGUGGGGAAGCCUUCCUCUCCUUGGGGAGCAGCAUGCUGAAGCAGCAAGCAGGGGGGGGGGGAGGGAGGGGUCGGCCACGCCUUCCCUACAGGACUCCGCACUGCCUUCCAGGCAGGACUGUUGAUGGUCUUGGCUCGAUUUCCAGUUCAUGCCACUGCCCUAAAAAUAAGCCUAGAAGCUGAUGACUGCUGGAAUCAGGAGCGACAUAAUCAUUCGGAAGCCUGACCCAGCAUGCUUCCAAAUGAGCCAUCUUCUUGGCUCUGUGAUUCGAUAUUGGCAAGAAGGAGAGAAGAAGACAGCUUUGUCACAACCUUCCUCUCGCUGAAAUGCUCCAGACUUUUUUUUUUUUGUAAAACUGUUCACAAAAAAGAAAAAAUCAAUCUGGGUGUGGUUUCAUGCUUGGACAGAAUUUGCCUUGACUCAACGAGGAUUUGCUGGUGAGACUGUUUGCCGGGCUUUGGGGUGCCCUCACCUCAGAAACCUUCUGCAUGCACAGGAGGGGUCCCACUGCAGGCUGGGCACCGUCCUCUCGCUGGCUGAGGUCUGUACUGGGAUGAGAGCAAUGCCUUGGCACGAUUUCAUGUUCCUCCAGCCCCUUUCCGGCUGUGGACAGAAGAACCUGACAAGUUUUCAAGCUGCUUCUGCCCUUCCCCAUCCUCCCUGGUUUUACUUUAUACAUCCCACCACAUCCUGUCUUGUGAGCGUUUUUUCCUUUUGGCACCAUCUAGGAAAGGCAAGCUGGCUUUACAAGGGCUGUCGAUGAAAAGCCACACUUGCUUCUCCCCCAGGGAGGCAGAAAGACAGAGCCCCCCACCCCCACCCACCUCUGCCAUCUCCCCUGGAAAGCAGCCCAAGUCACCCGAUGCCAUCAGGGCGCAGAUGGGCUUCUCCAUUUGCGGCUCUCUCCCUGGAAUCCUGCUCCGUGAGAGCCCAGGAGGGCUGAGGCCCUGUCCCAAGGCCCCAGGCUGGGAAUGAAUGAAUGAGACCAGGCCCUGUCUUGGUGGGCUCCUAGCCCUGCCUGCUGCUUGCGGGGUGGGGGUGGGGUCCUCUGCCCUGUUGGAAGCUGCUCUCUGAGCAGGUAAGACUUGGGGGCAUCCCACUUUAGCAGACAUCCGCUCUGCACCUGGCCGUAGGGAUAAUUCGGGAAUCUCAGGGAAGUGUCCACACUUACGAGUCGGUUCAUGGGCCUUGAAAGGUGAUCAUGGGGCUGGAGCGAUAGUACAGCAGGUAGGGCACUUUCCUUGCAUGCAGCCGACCCAAGUUCGAUUCCCGGCAUCCAUAGGGUCCCCAGAGCACCGUCAGGAGUAAUUCCUGAGUGCAGAGCCAGGAGGAACCCCUGAGCAUCUCUGGGUGUGACCCAAAAAGCAAAAGGAAAAAAAAAAGAAGAAAGGUGAUCAGCUCACGCCCAGGGCAGAAAUGCCAUGACUGAGGACUGCAGUUCAGUGGCACUCGGGCCACCAAAAGGGAAUUCUGCAGCAGGGCCAGCAGGUGACCAGGCCCCGGAAGUCAGCACAGAAGCUCAGGAUCAUGGGCGGCCGAGCAAGGCCCUUGCCAAGGAGCAGCUUGACGGCAGGACGCACGGCUGGAAACCCCAGUCAGAGUCACGGGCUCGGGAGCCUGCAGGGUCGCACACACAGUGUGGGCGUUUCCAUGUGCGGUCCCCAAGUGGGCAGCACCAGCCUGGCUGGCAACACCUGGAAAAAGCAAAUUCUGAUCCCCCCACCCCCCCCCCCAAGGGGCAGGGCCUGAAGUCUGUGUGAAGGUCCGAGCAGAAGUCUGCAAGCUUUUGACGGGAGGAGGAGCGUGGUCUUGGCUGGUGUCAGGAAGAGACUCUAGACUGGACAAAAUGACUCAUCGCCAGGUUGAAGCCACGAAGGACCCCAAGCCGAGUGGCCCCUCCAGGCUCCCCAUCUUGCUCCCAGCAUAGCGGCUUCAGCUUCAGGCGGGCCGGGUCCUCGCGGCCGCUGCUCCCCUCCCACGGCUGGGCCGCUCGUUGCUCCUGCGUUUGCCUCCCGGACAGGCCGCCUUGCAGGCUGCCAGAACCACACAGUGAGACCAGAGUGGUAGUCCCACACGGAUGGAGACCUGGUCCCCACACUGGUGGGGGGCCUGGCACGGAACACAGGGAGCACAGUUAAGGACACCGCCUCACCAGACUGCUGCUCCUCUGACAUGGGACUAUAGCGUACGCGGGACCCCCCCAGGGGCCCCCUGGGGGGAGAAGGCAUGGCUGCUCUCGGGAGGCGGUACCUUCUGGAUGUUCUGAAGAGAGACAAGGUGGGCGCGGAGAGAUGGUACGGUGAAUAAGGCACUCGCCUUAUGUACGGCGGACCUGAGUUCAAUCCACGGCAUCCUGUACAGUCUUCCAAGCACUGCCCGGAGUGUUUCCCGAGUGCAGAGCCAGGAGUAGUCCCUGAGCACCGCUGGGCGCGGCCCAAUAAAAACAACAACUCAAAGCAGCUACGUAAACCUGCGGUCUUGCUGCAGACAGGCCCUGACCCGCCUCUCCUCUCUAAGGCCUUCAGGGGUGAUGGGCGCCCUGAGGACCCCCCCCCCCCCGCUCCUCAGUGCCAGCCACCUGACAAUUAUUUUAUGCUUUGGAUUUAUGGCUGCAACCCUGCAGUGGCCUGCCAGCUUCUGCAGGACUACGGGGUGCUUUGUCCACCACGUGCACCUAACUGGGGUUACAUAGUGAGUCUGGGGUCAGAGGUCAGGACCCUGGCGGGGAAGGCUGGAAGAAUGGCCUGAAAAGUCAUGUGAGCUCCUGCUUUCCUACCCUUUCAUUCCUGAGAACCCAGUUCCCUCACAAAGAGAGUCCCAGCCGGCAUCUCCUCAGCAGUGCCCUCGCUGAAAUCCUCCAAACGCCUCAAGGAAGUGCCCCUCUCCACGGCUUAUUCUGUGGGCAGGUUUUCUGGUGAAAUGUAUCUUCUGUGCAGGAAAAACUUGUCGCUCACAGUUUUACAACAGGCCAAGAGAACAUGGAUGGCUGGCUGGUCGUUUACUGCUGAGAGUACCUAGGGACAAGAUGAUGAGAAUGUUUUCUUUCAGUCACUUCCUGUCACAGAAGAGUAUUUUCUGCAGCCUGGCCUCUCGGCACAUUCUCUGGUAAAAUAUUUCUUUACCAAAGCCUUAAGACAAUUGUCUGUGUUUCUCGGAAGUCAGUCAUAUCUACAGCCUCCCCGUGAAAUCACAGGACAAAGAAUGAUGUGGCAGAAAUGAAUGAAGAACAAGAAAUAGCAUGGUAGGGAGUGAGUAAAGGACAAAGAAUGGGAUAGAGGAAGUGAAUGAAGGACAAGGAAUGGAGGAGCAGGCAGUGGGUGUAUUAAUCACAAUGGUGACAGAAAGUAGGUAAAAGACAGGCAGUGAUGGUGUGGCAGGAAGUAGAUGGAGAAGUUUUUCAAAAAAGCAGAAUGGGGGCCAGAGUGAUAGUACAGCGGGUAGGGCCUUGCACACAGCCGGCUCGAGUUCAAUCCCCGGCAUCCCAUAUGGUCCCCCAAGCAGAGCCAGGACUAACCCCUGAGCAUCGCUGGAUGUGACCCAAAAAGAAAAAAAAAAGCAGAAUGGGUUCUGCUCACAUUGGCAGGCCUGGCUGUGCCCCUAAACAGGCAGAACCAGAACAGGAGAUACUAAAGACUGAGGGUCAGGAGUUCAGAUCCAGCCGGGACGGGGACAAGUGCAUGAGAGGAAGUCUGGGCACCCUUGAGAUUUGCCCUUGGGCAGCCUUUCACAGUUGUCACAGACAAUAGCCAGAGCUAUACCCCAAUACUAGCAGGGUAUCCCCCCAUCACGAGAGAAGAGGAGCUGAUAUCGCUGAACCUACUAGGUGACACAGGUCAGGUGUCACGCAUGAAAACUUUCUGUUGAAUAGCACGGAGCCAUCCUGACUUCCCAGGUGCCUGAGGGGACACCUCACCAGGAAGGAGAACAACUCCAGACUGUGUGGACCUGGCAGGGCUUCUUACUUCGGGCUCCUCUGCAUGGCGCCUGGCCUAGCCCUUAUGCCUUGCCAAGGCUGAAUGAAAUGGAAACCGGAACCCCCCAGUGAGUGAAUGGACUGGGUUUGACAGACUAAGAUGCUGCAGCAGAGCGAGUCUUGCCAGCACGUUUUUUUUUUUCUUACCAUGUAAGUUAAGCUCCUUUGCAGGAUGGACACAAGCGAAGGCAGAGGAGUGCAGUGGAAGGAGGCAGUCCUUCCUGCCGCCCACACGGGUAAGGAAAGGAGUGGAGGGGUUUGGAACGGGGGUCUCCCUCCCAGCUCGAGCCGGGAAAAGAAGCCCCUAAGCAAGGAGCUUGAGGAGCCUCCCUGCUCCCCUCACGACGCAGUUGGCAUCCCCAAAGAGGAGGCAGAGGCUCAGCUGUUUGACCUCGUGUGCUGCUCCCAUCCCUUUUAUCAGAUUCACUGCAGAGCAGAUGCAUCAAGCUGAAGUUCAAUUCCCAACGGACUAAUGAAAAGAGGGCAACAGACGUGAGGAGAGUCAAAACUCGGACAUGGGUAUUAAUCACAGGCUACAGAAACACGUCGGCUUUAAUGUCUGCUGUUUUUAUCUUGAAAUGAAAAUGUAUCUCUGCCGCCCAGACCCUUUUUCUCUGAGUAUUUCAACACAGGAAAAUGAAAAAAAAAAAAAAGAGAGACCUGCCCCACCACAUGCACUAAUACACAUAGACACAUGGGCACCCGUGCAUACUUUAAGGGCUCUUUUCCCAAGAGAAACAAGACCACGGGUUGUGUCUAUUUGCAGAAACUAAUUUACAGAAUCAAUCGCUAGUUUCAGCUAUAGGCUGCUGUGUCUCUGGGGAAGAAGGAGGGAAAGAGAAGGGGUCCACUCUUGGGAAGGGCUUGCUAGGGGCUCUGGGACGGGGUCUCGGCUCUGGCCUGUGGGUUAUAGAUGAGAAUAUAGCAUGCACACACACACACACACACACACACACACACACACACACCUACAUGAAGAAGCAUCCCCCUCCCACCCCAGUCAAUGUGGAAUCAAGAGUCUGGAUCCCCCGAGCACCCCUGCUCCCUUAUAUGCUGAGAGGAGUCCCUCGUGGGUGACAUUCAUGUGCAAUCUUGUUCUUCUUCAUUAGCAAAUUUCUGGGGGGUGGGUGAGAAUGAGGCAAAAUCUUAGGGCAGAGAGUAGAGAAGACAUUAGAUCUGAACCCCAAGGCUGAUCACUCAAAAGGCAGCAGUAGAGAGGAUGAAGAUAAAGUGACUGCGAGUCGAAGAGGGAAGGGAGAGUCUGGGUCCGAGCGAGAGCAGCAGCCGCUCUGCCAGGCAGCCAAAGUGUGGCACUGUUUGGAAGCUCGAGCCCAGGCUCGGAAACCCAGGGGUGAGGCCCGAGGCGGGAAGCAGAGGCAGCGAGCGACUCAGCUGCUUCCACAGUCGUAGCUGCUCGGAGGACGUUUUAGCUGGACUUGAUCUGCUUGGCUGUGGCGGGUCAGUUCAUCCUGAUUGUUGGUUCCCUGUGCUAGACCAGCUAGGAAAGAGAUGGGAGAAGGCCAGGGAGCAGGUUUGGAAAGGAAACUGCAUGUAGAAGUUGGCUGUUUUCAAAGAAAUCUGUAAGUGUUAAGAGUUGGCCAUGAGGCUAGAGCAAUAGCACAGGGGGUAGGGCAUUUGCCUUGCAUGCGGCCGACCCAGGUUUGAUUCCCAGCAUCCCAUAUGGUCCCCCAAGUAAUUCCUGAGUGCAGAGCCAGGAGGAACCCCUGCACAUUGCUGGGUGUGACCCAAAAAGCAAAAUAAGUAAGUAAAUAAAUAAAUAAAGAGUUGGCCGUGUGAGUCACGGCACAGUGGUUAUGUCAGUGAAGAGAAUGGCUUGGUGCAGCAUUCCUCUGGGAAACAGGUUAAUGUGUCCAAUGUAAGUGGCCAGAGACAGGUCCACUCAGGAAAGUUGGAUACAGUUGUGUCUUGUGUACGUGCCUCUCUAGAAUACAGAAAUAAGCUCUUGCCUGGAAAUGCCUUGGGUUUCAGUGCACUUCAAAUGCCUCUGAGCCUCUGGUUCGGAUGUUGCCCUGUUUCUGUUCAUGUAGCUCCCACAGCUCGGGGAACAGUCCCUGGCACGCAGUAGGGAAACAUCUGGAAAUUAAAGGGCCAGCUUUCUAAAAAUAAAAGGGCCCCCGGCCCUUCUCUGCCGACUCACAACUAAAUCUCUGAGGAUAUGCAAGCCAAGCGGCUAAAACUCAUGAAAACACCCAUCCCAGUGGGCAGCCCUCAGGAGGCAGGUGGGCCAAGUACCACCCUGCUGAAGGCCUUGGUAGCGAUUCAGUAGUGUCUCCAUUUCCCCAAAGAAAGCAGGUGGCCACACCCUCUCACAGGUCACCCCCGCCUGGCUGUGGAGGCCACACUGUGCAUCCAGAGGUUCUGAGUAGUGGGCCCGGGCCUGGCUCUGAUGUGGCAGUGUUGUGUGGUCCCUCUGGCUCUCCCACAUCUGCAGACACCCAACAAGCUACUUUGAUGGGAAACUAGAUGCGGGCGCCCCUCCUGUCCCUCUGCUGUGCUAUGGAAAUGACUCUAGGCAGUUCCAGAACCGGGUUCUUUACUCUGAAAGGCCACGUGACUCCUCUCAUCCCGGCCCUCUGCCCAAAUCAGAAGAUGCCAUCCCCAUCCAGGGCCCCCCGGAAGGCUGGUUCUUGAAGGUCUGAGAUAAGAAGGUCUGAGAUAAGGUGAGCAUGUUUCCCUGGGGCAGCAGGGGAAGUUGGCAGCAGCAUGGCACUGUGGCCUUUGUCCAGUCCCCCAUAGUGGCCCCUGCACUCCCAAGACAGGCUCAUGCAGUCUAGAAGUGUGUGUGUAUGUCUGUGUGUGUGUCUGUGUGUCUAUGCCUGCCUCCACUGUACAAGAGUCUGCGUUAACAUGACCCUGGAACUCUCGCGAGAAGAGCCGUCUGCUCUCUUUAACGGGCUACGUGUCACUUCCGGGAACGCAUUAUCAUCUUGCCCCAUGAACCAGAAGUCCCUUUGCCUGCCUGCCCUUGCCUUGUCUGGCCCCUUCCCCUUCCUGCCCGAGCUGUCCAGAUAUCUCCAGCCGGUGGGGGGGUGGGGGUGGGUACGGAGAGUGUACGAACAUAGAAAGGAGGAAGAACCACCCCAGGAACCUGUUGGGCUGCUCCCCCUGACUGUGCUCCUACCCAUGUCGAAUCACAAACUUCCAGUUUCCAACAACCCAGAUUCUUGCCGUUUCCAAGUAAUUUGUUAAUUGCCUAUUCAACACAGACAGAUAUUUAUUUUCAGCCUUGGCUUGUGGACGCCUACAAACUGAUUCAUGUUGGUGGUCAUUAACGACACUUCCUGUGAAUUGGUGAAUAAAUAUGAUUUUAGAAUUUCACAGUAA